GUUCGUAGGGUGAAUAUGAGCAAAAAAAGUCUAAUUAAAGAUCCCGGAGGAGAGGCAACGGAGGUACAAGGCGACUCCUCCCGCUUGGAGGAGGAGGAAGAGGGGAAGGAGGAGCUGCGUGUGCACCUAAACAGACGGUGAGGGUAAUGCAUUGUGUUCAGUGUGUCAGUCCUGCAUGCAGCGCAGUCAAGAGAGCGGCCCAGCCGGUCAAAACAAACCCAGCGGAGGAGAGGUAUCGUUCCUGCGGCUGUCCUCUAUCGGGAAAGAGCGGCGGCGGAGGACGAGAGCUCCGUAGCUUUGACGCCCCGAGAGAGGGAGAAAAAGCGACCGCGAGCCCCGCAGACAUGCCCGGCUUCGACUACAAGUUCCUGGAGAAGCCGAAGAGACGCUUCCAGUGUCCGCUCUGCAGCAAGGCGAUGCGGGAGCCCGUCCAAGUGUCCACCUGUGGACACCGGUUCUGUGACACCUGUCUGCAAGAAUUCCUCAGUGAAGGCGUCUUCAAAUGUCCAGAGGAUCAGCUCCCUUUAGACUAUGCCAAGAUCUACCCGGACCCGGAGCUGGAGCAGCAGAUCCUGGCGCUGCCCAUCCGCUGCAUCCACAGCGAGGAGGGCUGCCGCUGGACCGGACAGAUGAAGCAGCUGCAGGGCCACUUCUCCACCUGCGCCUUCAACGUGAUCCCAUGCCCCAACCGCUGCUCCGUCAAGCUGACGCGCCGCGACCUGCCAGACCACCUGCAGCACGACUGCCCCAAGCGCAAGGUCAAGUGCGAGUUUUGCGGCAGCGAGUUCACCGGCGAGGCCUAUGAGAACCACCAGGGCGUGUGUCCUCAGGAGAGCGUUUACUGUGAGAACAAAUGCGGAGCGAGGAUGAUGCGUCGCCUGCUGUCCCAGCACAGCAUGGCCGAGUGUCCCAAACGCACGCAGCCCUGCAAGUACUGCGGCAAAGAGUUCGUCUUCGACACAAUCCAGAACCACCAGUAUCACUGCCCUCGCUUUCCUGUCCAGUGUCCAAACCAAUGCGGCACUCCCAACAUCGCCCGGGAGGACCUGGCCAACCACGUCAAGGACAACUGCGGCAACGCACUCGUCCUCUGUCCUUUCAAAGACGCCGGCUGCAAACACAGGUGCCCUAAGCUGGCUAUUAGCCGUCACUUGGAAGAGACCACCAAGUCACACCUCACCCUGAUGUGUAACUUGGUCGGUCGCCAACGGCAAGAAAUCCUGGAGCUGCGACGAGAGAUGGAGGAGCUGUCGGUCAGCCAAGAUGGCGUCCUCAUUUGGAAACUCAGUGACUACUCCCGCAAACUCCAAGAGGCCAAACUGCGGAGCAACCACGAGUUCUUCAGCCCGCCAUUCUACACGCACCGCUACGGCUACAAGCUUCAGGUGUCGGCCUUCCUGAACGGCAACGGCAGCGGCGAGGGCUCCCACCUCUCCGUCUACAUCCGCGUCCUGCCGGGAGAGUACGACAACCUGCUGGAGUGGCCCUUCUCUUAUAAGGUGACGUUCUCCAUCCUGGACCAGAGCGACCCGUCCCUCUCCAAACCCCAGCACAUCACAGAGACCUUCAACCCGGACCCCAACUGGAAGAAUUUCCAGAAGCCCUGCAGCAGCCGCAACUCGCUGGACGAGAGCACCCUGGGCUUCGGCUAUCCCAAGUUCAUCUCGCACGAGGAAAUCAAGAAGAGGAACUACAUCCGAGACAACUGCAUCUUCAUCAAGGCCUCUAUAGAUAUUCCCCAGAAGAUAAUGGGUUGAGACCCAAGUGUUAGUUUUUUCUGUCCAUGAAGGAAGAUGGGUUAAAGACUGGAACUGACGCUUAACCUUGAAAACUUCUAGACGUCACCCUUUAGAUCCUUCCUCCCCCGAUUGCCUCUCCGCCGCAGAGCUUAAAGCGAGUCUGGUUUGUGCGAGCUGACUUGGAGGAACUCGCAUCACGAGAGGGGGGAAAAUGUUUGGUCUGCAGAGCUGUCACUUGUUGACGUUCCUUUUUUACGUUGUUUUUUCUAUGCGUUUGCUGACCUUUUGAUCACCCUCUGCAACUUAAAGCCUUUGAAAUCAAACAG